GCAAUAUCAAAGUACUAGUAGUCGUAUCGAAAAUUUCUGUUAUCGAUAAGAUAUCCGGCAAUUUCACCAAAACGGCAACCCCGGACCGAACCAUAAAUUGAGUCACUAUCCUCUCUCUCUUUUCUUUCUCUCAUUUCACUUUGUUCAAAGCAAUUGCCUGGAAUCAGCCUGUCCAAUUGACACCACAACCGCCAACAUGGGCUCCAUCACCCCCGAUCUCGACGCCUCCACCAUCAACUUCACCCCUAGCACUUCCCUCCGGCCCGUCCCAGCAAUCGGCUCCCCAGAGGAAAAAUCCCACUCCUACUGCACCGACCACAUGGUGACAGUCCGCUGGACCGUCGAAUCCGGUUGGCAAACACCUGAAGUCCGCCCCUUCGAGAAUCUGAGUAUCCCGCCGACAGCGUCGUGUCUGCACUAUGCCACCGAGUGCUUCGAGGGCAUGAAGGCGUACCGUGGGUACGAUGGGAAGUUGCGUCUCUUCAGGCCCGAUUGUAAUGGGGAGAGACUUGCGAAUAGUGCGGUUAGGACUUCGUUGCCGGGGUUUGCGCCGGGGGAGGUGAAGAAGCUGGUGGGGAGGUUGUUGCAGAUUGAUGGGCCGCGCUGGCUUCCCAAAGACCAACCCGGUCGCUACCUCUACAUCCGCCCCACGGUCAUCGGCAACGGCACGCAGCUCGGCGUCCAAGCCCCCAAAGAAGCCCUCCUCUUCAUCAUCGCCGUCCCCUGGCCCGACAUGUCCUCCAAGCCGUCCGGCCUGAAGCUCCUCGCCUCCACACCGGACACCAUCCGCGCCUGGCCAGGUGGUUUCGGCUACGCGAAACUCGGCGCAAAUUACGGGCCUAGUCUUGCGGCGCAUGGCGUCGCGACGGGGCAGGGAUUUGAUCAGGUGCUUUGGCUGUUUGGGGGGGAGAGGCAGGUUACGGAGGCGGGGGCUAGUAAUUUCUUCAUUGUGUGGGAGGGUAAAGAUGGAAAGAGGGAGUUGGUUACGGCUUCGUUGGAGAGUCAGGUGAUUUUGCCGGGUGUUACAAGACGGAGUGUGCUUGAGCUUGCGAGGGAGCGGUUGGCUUCGCCUUCGGCGACGGGGUUGCCUCCUGUUGAUGUUGUCGAGAGACCGUUUACCAUCGGCGAGGUCGAAGAAGCCUGGAAGGAGGGUAGAAUCAUCGAAGCCUUCGUGUCUGGGACUGCCUACUUCAUUGCCCCCGUGCAAAUCAUCCGCAACGGCGACGUCGACAUGAACAUGCUCGAAGCCGGUGUCGAGCGCGCUGGAUACGCCGCGCAGGUCAAGUCGUGGCUUGGGGCUAUUAUGUUUGGCAAGGAGGAGCAUGAGUGGGGGUAUGUUAUUGAGAAUGAGGAUGGGCAGUAGUGCACAUACAGAGUAAUUGGGUGUACAUAUCGUAUCUGUUUAUAAAGAUGGGACGAUAUUAUGGGUUUAUGGCUUGAAGAUUGUAAAUAUCGAAUGUGUUGAAAUGAUUUUUUUUUUUUUU